UUCAAGUUCUGGUUCCCGCCACGUCUGGCCCCGCCAGCUGCUGCCUCCGGCUGACUUCCGCCACUUGAGAGAAUAUGUUAUUUGCUAAUGAGAUUGUGUUGGUUUAAAGAUUUCUGCUAAAAUUGAAGACAAAGGCAUUAAUAUAGUAGUGAUUGACAGAAAGGUUUCCGAGGUUGCAUCCAUUCCCUCCAUACUUCUGAAGCAGUGAUGAGGAAAUGGGAGUCAAUGCGGAAGCAGAUUGAAAAGCGGGCAUCUGACUAUGAGAGGAAGCCACUCUCCUCAGAGUACAAACCAAGACUAGCCAAGCCAGAAGAACCAGCCUCCAUUUGGAAGCUAUUUCAUCGUCAGAAUCAAGCUUUUAAUUUUGUUAAAAGCUGUAAAGAGAGUGUUCACGUAUUUGCUUUGGAGUGCAAAGUGGGAAAUGGACAACGUAUUUACCUUGUGACAUCCUAUGCUCAAUUUUGGUUUUACUAUAAGACCCGGAAAACCCUUUUGCACUGCUAUGAAGUUAUUCCUGAGAAUGCUGUGUGCAAGCUUUAUUUUGAUUUGGAAUUUAACAAAUUGGCCAAUCCAGGAGCUGAUGGGAAGAAGAUGGUUGCAUUGCUCAUACAGCAUGUUUGUAAAUCACUUGAGGAGUCUUACAAUGUUCACUGCUCAGCUGAAGAUGUUUUCAACUUGGAUUCCAGCACUGAAGAAAAAUUUAGCCGACACCUAAUAUUUCAGCUCCAUAAUGUGGCAUUUAAAAAUAACAGUCAUGUUGGUAAUUUUGUGAAAAAAAUUUUGCAACCUGCUCUUCACUUAAUUGCCAAGGAUGAUGAAGAUAAGAUCCCAGAGGCAGUGGGCCAUGAAGCCUCCUGUUUUUCUGUUACACCAUUAAAACAAGAGAUUUCAGAGGCCUGGCAGAAGCUGGGGUUGCCUGAACAAUAUGACUCUGAUCUUUCAUUUUUAGUUGUAAAAAAUCACAUGGGAGAAAAAUGUCUUUUUGUGGACUUAGGAGUGUAUACAAAAAACAGAAACUUUCGACUGUAUCAGUCAUCAAAAAUAGGAAAGUGUGUGUCUUUGGAGGUUGCUGAAGAUAACAGAUUUAUUCCAAAACAGUCAAAAGUUAUUUCUGAGGAAAACCAGUAUUUCCUAUCUUCCCUGGUGAGCAACGUCAGAUUCUCAGACACUUUGCGAAUCCUCACAUGUGACCCAUCUCAGACUAAAAGAAAGCGGGCUGAGUAUUUUAACAGUACUAGCACUUCAGUGGAACCCAUUGAAGGCUUCCAGGGCUCACCGUACCCUGAGGUUGACCGCUUUGUUCUUUCUCUGGUGAAUAAACACGACAUUAAAGGAGGAAUUCGGCGUUGGAACUACUUUUUCCCAGAAGAAUUACUGGUUUAUGAUAUAUGUAAAUAUCGCUGGUGUGAAAACAUUGGAAGAGCCCACAAGAGUAAUAAUAUCAUGAUUCUGGUUGAUCUGAAAAAUGAAGUUUGGUAUCAGAAAUGCCAUGACCCUGUAUGUAAAGCACAAAACUUCAAAUCUACCUGUUUCCCAUUACCCACUGAAGUAAGUCUCCUAUUUCUUCUGAAAGAUGAAGAUGAUUUUACUUCUGGAGAAACAGAUGAAACCAGCAACUCACUGACCAAGGAUUCUCAAAACCCACCAUCCUGCAACUUGUCAGCAGGUGGGCUUUUGGCUGCUGAAUGGAAUGACGAAGAUGAUGCCUGUUUCUUAGAAGCUACAGAAGAUGCUGAAUUAGCUGACGCUGCAGAUAAGAGUCUUCUUGGUUACAAGAGUUCAGCGGACGAUAUUCCUGACGAACUAAUUAUAGAAGCAUUACAGAAUAGCUGACUGUGGAUAGAACAUA